AGAAAAAGAACAAAGAAUUUGUAGCCGGGCGCGGUGGCUCACACCUGUAAUCCCAGCACUUUGGGAGGCCGAGGUGGGCGGAUCGCGAGGUCAAGAGAUAGAGACCAUCCUGGCCGACAUGACUGGACUCUGAAAUGGGCAUGUACAGGGAAGAGGAGACCCCGACACCCUUCAAGCUUUGAGUGGAGAGGACACAGUCUCUGCUGGGACAGGGAACAGAGGGAUGUGGAGACCCUGAAGAUGCUUUUGGACAGUGGUCUGAGGUUGGGACAGUAGCAGGAGAUACCAUUCACCCAGAAUCUCCAGGACAAGAGAUCAGCCUGGCAGUUACUUGUGUUUUGUUUCAAACUGGUUGCCAGGUUGGACUGACCGAUGACAUCAGAGAUUCCGACCUUCCUGAUUGGAGGGACUGGACUCGGUGGGCACCUGCAGCUCAGGUGGGCAACAGUUAUCUUUUCAGAACUGUUCUCCACUACUGACUUCUCCCAGCCUCGAGAAUUGAUAACACACUCUUCUGGAUCGUAGCUGUGUCCAGAAGAAGGCCACAGACAGAACAGAGACUAGGUUCCGUGGGACGGGACAGAUUUUGUGAAACAUCAUGACCAGCCAUCAACCGCACCCCCAGGAUGAGGGGCAGAGCCACCAGCGGAGCACCUUUGGGUACCCCCUCCAGGAGGUGGUGGAUGAUGAAGUGUCGGGACCAUCAGCCCCUUGGGUAGAUUCCAGCCUCCCACGUAGAUCCCUUUGCUGGAAAAGGAAGAGGGAGUGGUUGGAAGAAUCUGAGGAGUCGUCGUUGGAGGAGUCACAGAAGGAACUCACCCCUGAGCCUGAGGAGACCUGGGUGGCAGAGAGGCUGUGUGGCCCCAAGAUGAAUAUAAAGCGGCGGCGAGUGUCAUCCGUGCUCCCUGAGCACCACGAGGCUUUCAACAGGCUGCUUGAGGAUCCUGUCAUUCAAAGAUUCCUGGCCUGGGACAAAUACCUGAGGGUGUCAGACAAGUAUCUCCUGGCUAUGGUCAUAGCGUAUUUUAGCCGGGCCGGCCUCCUCUCCUGGCAAUACCAACGCAUUCAUUUCUUCCUGGCUCUCUACCUGGCCAAUGACAUGGAGGAGGAUGACAAGUCCGCCAAACGAAACAUCUUCUACUUCCUGUACGGGAAGACCCGCUCUCACGUACCCUUGUUCCAAAAGCUUCGGUUCCAGCACUUCCAUUACAUGCGCUGGCGGGUCAGGAAGACCCGCUCUCACAUACCCUUGUUCCAUAAGCGUCGGUUCCAGUUAUUCUGUUCCAUGCGCUGGAGGGCCAAGAAGAUCCGCUCUCAGAUAGCCUUGUUCCAAAAGCUUCGAUUCCAGUUCUUCUGUUCCAUGCGCUGCAGGGCUUGGGUUUCCCCGGAGGAGUUGGAGGAGAUCCAGGCUUAUGACCCACAGCACUGGGUGUGGGCGCGAGAUCGCGCCCGCCUUUUUCUAGAGUUCCAGGGACCGUGGAUGCCUGAGGUCAUUGGCCUGACAGAAGAACACUGGGCCCAGGGGAGAUGCGGAUUUUCAGCAGGAACUUUACUCCAAUGCUAUGGCAGACACCAGGAAGGAGGAGAGGAGCCAUGUGUGCAUACCAUCUAGAAGAACCUGGACCGUUCUUGAUGGAGCUGAAUACAGUGAUCACGUUGUCCUCCUGGGAGCAGGGGUGGGGGUGGGGGGUGGGGUACUUCUAGGAGUCCUUGGAGAAAAGUAAGAAACCAGGAGUGUUUCCAGUUCCACCCUUUCCUG